UUCCCCAACGGACGCACCAACCUGUACGGAUCAGGCACCGCAGAACCCAUGUUGGUGUCAUCACCUGAACACAGGGAGAGAUGGGGAGGGACCAGCCAGGCCUACGUCAGCUUACUGGGUGAGAGGGAGGGAGGGAGGGAGAGGGGGGGGGGGUGGAGGAGGGAGGGGGAAGGGAGGGGGGAGAAGGUAUUGAUGGAUUGACUGAUAAUAGCUGGACAUAAUGAAUUAAUGAACAAAUUAAUGUGUGGAUGUAUUUCUUGAUGCAGGUGUGUAAUACCACUAUGGUACCAUAGGGGGGAGACAUAACUACACUGCUACAGUAUAUGUUAGGGAGAUCACCUCAAGGAAAGGAGGAAGGAAGGAUUUGUAAAGUAAUUGAACCACUAUUUUUAAAUCUCAAUUUGCCUUUCUGCGAUUCCUCACAUCCUCUCUCCUCGCCUCCUUCUCAAAACCCAUUGGUGGAGAAGGUCAGAGGGGGAGAACCUUGAAUGUUCUCCUCCAAUGUGCUUUAAGGAGGCGAGGAUAUUGGACGUGAGGAAUCACAGGAAGAUCAAUUGUGAUAGAACCUAACCAUUUCUCUCUCUCCCUACCUCCCUACCGACCUCCCUCCAGACAUCACCCCCACCAUCCUGGACUGGUUCUCCAUCCCGUACCCCUCAUACUGCCUCCCGGGCACCCCUACCACCCCUGUCAGCCUCACAGGGCGCUCUCUCCUCCCUGCCCUCGUCUCCGAACCCUCACCCUCCGUCUGGCACACUGUCUAUGCCAGGUACAAAGGAAGGAAGGCACUGUGUGUUAGAUGUUGGUGUUAUAUCCAGUAAACCACUGGAAGUAUAUAUAGGGUUGUUUCCCAGACACAGUGAUUACGCCUACUGUAGUCCUGGACUACAAAGCAUGUUCUAUGCAGAUUCUCCAUUGAGAAUGCUUUUUAGUUCAGGACUAGUUAUAAUCUGUGUCCGGGAAACUGGCCCAUAGAGUGAUUUUCUUUCUUUCUUUCUUUGUAUGUAUUAGGUAACACUUUACAUUACAGUGCCCUUAUUACUGUUUAAUUAUUAUUCCUGUAAUUUCAGUGUGACAAGUAUUGUAAUUACUCAUUACUACACUGUACUUUGGAUUAUUGCUGUAUUUAUGACUUCUUUGUUCUCCCCGACUGUCUACGGCAGCCAGUCUCUCCACGAGGUGACCAUGUACUACCCUAUCCGCUCCAUCCACCAGGGGGCGUACCGCCUGCUCCACAACCUCCACUACCGCAUGCCAUUCCCCAUAGACCAGGACUUCUAUGUCUCUCCAACCUUCCAGGACCUGCUGAAUAACACCCUGGCCGGGCGGCCCACAGGCUGGUUCAAGACCCUGCAACAAUACUACUACAGGUACUGUUAUAAUACUAUUACAUACACGAUAACGAAGUUAGACACACAAGGUAGACACAGGAACGAUAUGAGACACACGAGAGGAGACGAGAGAGACACGAGAACAGAGGAGACACGAGGAGAUGGAACUGUAGAGGCACGAUGAGACGAUAGAGACACGAUGAGACGAGAACGAAUAGAACACGAGUAGAUAUAUUUGUACACUAAUUAUACUGUAUUAUUCACUAUUAUACUAUAUUAUACCAUAUUAUACACUAUUAUACUAUAUUAUACACAAUUAUAUUAUACUGUAUUACACACUAUUAUACUAUAUUAUACUGUAUUAUAUACUAUUAUACUAUAUUAUACACUAGUAUAUACCUGAAUAACACCCUGGCCGGGCGGCCCACAGGCUGGUUCAGGACCCUACAACAAUACUACUACAGGUACUUUUUUUUUUGAGGAGAACCCUUUAUGUAUUUGAUUGAGUUUUGACAGGACAGAUGUAAUUACAGAUAGGGAGAUAGACAUAGAGAGGAGUGUAGAAACUCUGUCGCUGAGGUGGAACGUGUGGUUCGGAGUCAGGAGCUGAAACAACAUUUUAGCCGUAUAUACAGUGCAUUUGGAAAUUAUUCAGACCCUUUGACUUUUUACACAUUUUGUUACGUUACAGCCUUAUUCUAAAAUUGAUUAAAUUGUUUUUUUCCCCUCAUCAAUCUACACACAAUACCCCAUGAUGACAAAGCAAAAACAGGUUUUUAGAAAUGUUUGCAAAUGUAUUAAAAAUACAAAACUGAAAUUUCACAUUUACAUUAGUAUUCAGACCCUUUACUCAGUACUUUCUUGAAGCACCUUUGGUAGCGAUUACAGCCUCGAGUCUUCUUGGGUAUGACGCUACAAGCUUGGCACACCUGUAUUUGGGGAGUUUCUCCCAUUUUUCUGCAGAUCCUCUGAAGUUCUGUCCGGUUGGAUGGGGAGCGUCGCUGCACAGCUAUUUUCAGGUCUCACCAGAGAUGUUCGAACGGGUUCAAGUCCGGGCUCUGGCUGGGCCACUCAAGAUCAUUCAGAGACUUGUCCCGAAGCCACUCCUGCGUUGUCUUGGCUGUGUGCUUAGGGUCGUUGUCCUGUUGGAAGGUGAACCUUCGCCCCAGUCUGAGGUCCUGAGCGCUCUGGAUCUCUCUGUACUUUGCUCCGUUCAUCCUUCCCUAAAUCCUGACUAGUCUCCCAGUCCCCUCCCCGGAAAAACAUCCCCACAGCAUGAUGCUGCCACCUCCAUGCUUCACCGUAGGGAUGGUGCCAGGUUUCCUCCAGACGCUUGGCAUUCAGGCCAAAGAGUUCAACCUUGGUUUUAUCAGACCAGAGAAUCUUGUUUCUCAUGGUCUGAGAGUCUUUAGAUGCCUUUUGGCAAACUCCAAGCGGGCUGUCAUGUGCCUUUUACUGAGAAGUGGCUUCCGUCUGGCCACUCUACCAUAAAGGCCUGAUUGGCGGAGUGCUGCAGAGAUGGUUGUCCUUCUGGAAGGUUCUCCUAUCUCCACAAAGGAACUCUGGAGCUCUGUCAGAGUGACCAUUGGGUUCUUGGUCACCUCCCUGACCAAGGCCCUUCUCCCCCGAUUUCUCAGUUUAGCCGGGCGGCCAGCUCUAGGAAGAGUCUUUGUGGUUCCAAACUUCUUCCAUUUAAGAAUGAUGGAGGCCACUGUGUUCUUGGGGACCUUCAAUGCUGCAGAAAUGUUUUGGUACCCUUCCCCAGAUCUGUGCCUCAACACAAUCCUGUCUCGGAGCUCUACGGACAAUUCCUUCGACGUCAUGACUUGGUUUAUGCUCUGACAUGCACUGUCAACUGUGGGACCUUAUAUAGACAGGUGUGUGCCUUUCCAAAUCAUGUCCAAUCAAUUGAAUUUACCACAGGUGGACUCCAAUCAGGUUGUCGAAACAUCUCAAGGAUGAUCAAUGGAAACAGGAUGCACCUGAGCUCAAUUUCGAGUCACAUAGCAAAGGGUCUGAAUACUUAUGUAAAUAAGGUAUUUCUGUUUUUCUUCAAUCACAAAUUUCUUAAAACCUGUUUUCGCUUUGUCAUUAGGAGGUAUUGUGUGUAGAUUGAUGACGUUUAUUUAUUUAUUUUUAUCCAUUUGAGAAUAAGGCUGUAACGUAACAAAAUGUGGAAAAAGUCAAGGGGUGUAAAUACUUUAUGAAUGCACUGUAUAUCAGACAAUAUACCACGGGUAUGACGCAAAAAUACUUGUUUACUGUUCUAUUUAUGUUGGUCACCAGUUUCUAAUAGCAAUCAGGCACCUCAGGGGUUUGUAGUAUAAGGCCAAUAUACCACACAGCCUUGGGCAUUAUUUGCUUAAUUAUACUUUAUUAUGUAGCGGUACUACUGUUGUUAUACUAUCUUCAUUACCGUAGAAAUUAAUCUAUACAAUAUAAAAACUAUAUAAUAUAAACCAUAGGAUUCUAUAUACAAUAUAAAACACUAUACAAUAUAAAGCAUAGGAGUCUAUAAACGAUAUAAAAGCUAUACAAUAUAAAAUAAAGGGUUCUAUAUCUAUGAUACUACUACCAUAGAAAUAUAAUGAAUAGAACGGGCUUGGAACCUCUAACCCCGGCAAUUCAUUAUAUUUCUAUGACUACUACAGGGACCGCUGGGAGCUGUUUGACUUGCGGUCGGACCCAGAGGAGACUGUGAACCUGGCUGGGGACCCGGCUCACGCCACGGUCCUGGAGAGCCUCAGAGACAGGUUAGUAUUACUGUUCUAUAUGGAUAGGGAUAUUAUGGAUGGAUUAUUGUAUAUCGAUAUGGAUAUUAUGUAGGGUUGCAAAAUUCCGGUAACUUUCCCAAAAUUCCCAGGUUUUCCAAAAAUCCGGGUUGGAAGAUUCCCAGAAUCAGGAUGGAAUAAGCAGGAAAUCUGGAAUCCUUCAAACAGGAUUUCAGGAAGACUUUGAGAAAGCCAAACCAUUUUCCCCUUGGGGUGUUUAUCUCAUUUUAUAUCUUAUGUUAUCUUGUGUUCUAUCUUCUCUAAUGCUGUAUGUUAUGUUGCCAGGCUGGUGAAGUGGCAGUGGGACACUGGGGAUCCCUGGGUCUGUGGACCAGACGCUGUGCUGGAGGACAAACUGGAACCCCACUGUCGACCGCUCUACAACGGACUCUGACCGCAACUAGACCACAACUGGACCAUGAUUGAUCCACAAUCAAUCACAUGUAUUUUAUAAAGCCCUUUUUAUAUCAGCAGUUGUCACAAUGUGCUUUAUAGUUACCCGGCCUAAACCUCCAAAGAGCAAUCAAUGAGGAAGAAGAAUCACAGGGGCCAGGAACAUCUCCCUAGAAAGAAGGAAUCUAGGAAGUAAGAUGGAGAGGAAUCUGGCUCCCACGACAGUUGUUUGGGGGAAGGCCGGUCAGUGCUGUGGUAAGGCUUCUCGCAGUAACAAUUAGACAGUUUCUCUCAGCCUGGAGUGGGCCACAACCAUUUUUGUUGUACAACAUCCACUGUUCAGUGACGUAGUCUUUGAAUGUUUCACUGACGACGUCUAUGUUCUUUGUAUCACCAGUGAUCGGCAGAUACUUCAACUAUGCUGAGACGGCUUCCUUCUCCAGGGUGAACAUGUAGUGUACAAAAUAAUCUAAUCCAACAAUGUACGCUUUAGAGCAUUCAGUCGGUUCAUCUUCUUGUUUAUGCAGUGUCUUCCUAUCAAUGUCCAGGAUGUUAGCUUUGUUUCCGAACCUUUCACCAUGAGCUCGAAUUUAUAGAGUUUGGAAUAAAAGGUUUUGUCCUGUUCAAACUCGGAUCCAACCUUGGCUAAAUAAUGGCUUUGGGUUUUUGUUCCAUUUUCAACUUUAAAGUGCAAGCCUCUUAGGUAGCUGAAUUUCAUUAUGACAUCAACGUACUUGACAAAUAUUGCAGUCUAGCCAAUAUCAUUCCGGAGACUGUCAAAUUGUGCGCUUGUGUUGUCAUGUAGGUCCUUGAUACUGUAGUAGAUAGUAAUCACAUCUGGUACAGGCAUAGCUGUGAAUCUACUAAGAUAACAGGCCUGAGUGUUAUUAAACAAUCUUCAAUAUCCUAUCAAUUCCAUUCUCAGCAUGUCAACAAAACUCUUCUGUCUUGAUUACUUCCUCUUUCUGCAGUGGCAAAGAAGGAGAAAUUCAAUUCCGAUAAAAUCAGUUUCGGCUUCUAUAGCUGCAAAGUUGAUCCGAUUUUCAACCCUUUCUGCGCAUGUUGGACCACAGAACAUACAGAGGCAUUGUUGUGUCUUUGAGAUGCUUACACUUUCCACCAUAGAGACAUUUAAUCAUAGAGUCCUGUACCACAACACCUUUCCUCUUCCAUCUUUUCUUAUGACAGAUGAGGUGGAUUCUUUCUUUCUCUUGGACGACAAAAUCGUUUUCACUGGGCCACA